AUGUCCAGGAAAAAGACCCCCAAGAGCAAGGGGGGUAGCGCGCCCGCUACCUCCGCACUGCCCGCCACCCACGGGUCCCGGCCCGUGCGCCCCGGGACUGCGCGCCCUGGCCCCGACGCACCUCCCAACGGGCCCCCGCAGCCCGGCCGGUCUUCGCUUGGCGGCGGCGGCGACUUCUACGACGUCGCCUUCAAGGUCAUGCUGGUGGGAGACUCAGGCGUGGGGAAGACCUGCUUACUCGUGCGCUUUAAGGAUGGGGCUUUCCUGGCAGGGACCUUCAUCUCCACUGUGGGCAUCGACUUCCGGAACAAAGUUCUGGAUGUGGAUGGCAUGAAGGUGAAGCUGCAGAUCUGGGACACGGCUGGCCAGGAAAGGUUCCGCAGCGUCACCCAUGCCUACUACCGAGACGCUCAUGCACUGCUGCUGCUCUAUGACGUUACCAACAAGGCCUCCUUCGACAGCAUCCAGGCCUGGCUGACAGAGAUCCAGGAGUACGCCCAGCAUGACGUGGUACUCAUGCUGCUGGGGAACAAGGUGGACUCUGCCCAGGAGCGUGUGGUGAAAAGGGAGGAUGGGGAAAAGCUGGCCAAGGAGUACGGGCUGCCGUUCAUGGAGACCAGCGCCAAGACGGGCCUCAAUGUGGACUUGGCUUUCACGGCCAUAGCAAAGGAGUUGAAGCAGCGCUGCAUGAAAGCUCCCAGUGAGCCUCGCUUUCAGCUGCACGACUAUGUCAAGAGGGAAGGCCGGGGGGCCUCCUGCUGCAAACCCUGAACCUGGCUGGGGACGGCCACCAGGGUGUUCUGGAAGACUGGAUAGAGUGAGUCUACACACCCCUGACUUCACCACCCAGCAGCCACUCCCAGGGUGUCUGUUUCUAGGAAUCCCAGGCUGAGCCUUGCCCUUCCCUCGUCUGGGCAGCCAUCCAGAGCCUCAGUCCCAACAAACAGGCUUCAGGAAGCCAGAAGGUCCGCAGCCCUCCUUCAC